AUGUUGCUCCCUCCGGCCAAUGCAUCCAGCGCAGUCCAGGAAAAGACACAGAAUGACGCAGAGCCCAAGCAAGAGCCCAAGCUGCCUCUGAGAGAGAGUCACUCAAUCCCGCACUCUCUGCCACCGUCAUUCCCAGAACUGCCUGUCAGCGACCUGCCGACCCUUCCCACCAUCGACAACCCGCAAGCAGUCCCGAAAGAGCGCUCAAAGUCAGUCAGGUUUUCUAUAAGUGACGGGAUGAUUCAGUACUUCAAUCCCACCGAAAUGACUCGCUCUGUGCGCAAAAGUAUAGUGGCUGAAGAUGGACAGCACGCAACACGUGGACAAGACCAUAUAUCGCAUAGUCAAUAG